AUGCUAUCUUGUAUUGUUAUUAUCGUUGUUUAUUUUUCAUUGGUUCAAGGACAAAUAAAUGAUACCGUCGUUCGUCAAACUCGUCCUCUAUCAUCAUCGUCAUUUGAUGAAAUUAUGAUCGAUGGUGCUUUUGAUGUUUUUCUAAGUCAAGCAUCAAAUGGAAUUUCUACCCCUACUGUUGAAAUUGAAACAAAUGCCGAUAUUCAAAAUCGUGUUAUUGUUGAAAUUAUUAAUAAUCAUAUUCUUUCAAUUCAUAUUAAAGGUCCAUUUAUGGUUGAUAAAAAUAUCUAUGCUUAUAUUCGAUUUAAUUCACCAUUACGUCGUUAUAUUGUUAAAGGUACUGGUAAUACAAUAACAGAUGAUAAUGGUAUAUCAAAUGAUGAUAAAGAUACAUUUGUAUUAGACCAUCGAGGUGUAGCUAAUGUUGCUAUUCGAUUAAAUGUUAAUAAUUUUCAAGUUUAUUUUACUGGUACGGGCAAUAGUCGUUUCUGGGGACAAGUUCGACAACAAGCAACAUUCGAUGCUAAAGGAGUCGGUGAUAUAAAUGCAUUAAAUUUAUCAACAAAACAAGCAAAAGUAAAAGCAAUGGGAGUAAGUAUAGUACGAGUGGCAGCUACAGAUGAUGUUCAAAUUGAAGUUACUGGUGUUUCAAGUGUCUACUAUCGAUUACCUUCGGGAAAAAAACCAAGCAAAGCUAUUUCAACUGGACUUGGAAAAAUUGUACCUAUUUCUUAA